AUGGAUAGCGACUAUGCAGACGCUGAUAGGAUGAGCAACAAGUUCAACGUCGCGAAUAGCAUGCUUAACAGAACGCCUCCAAACGAAUACUUGCCGCCUAGCCCCCCAAGAACCAACGAGAGAAAACAGCCAAAAGAGAUUACCUCGGUUGAAGAACUGCGCCAACGUUAUUGGAGCGAUUGGAAAAACUCAAAGGUAGACGACCCAAAGGAAGUUUAUCAAAUUCCGAUUAGCAAACACCUGGACCCGCUCCAGCACCUGGAAGAAUUCGAGCGCAUCUUCCGUCGCUUUGAUUGCUAUCCGAGAUAUAUUCGCGUUCGCAUGCCUUCAGCGAUUCACGAACUAGUGAUUCGCGCCUUAGAGUCCGAAUAUGCUCUGCAACAAUCUCAGCUAGGCGGCGAAUGGCUGAACAUUUUAUCUUGCGGAUCGACUACACUAUUUUUAGACUCUGGUAGAGAAAGCCGUGACCCAGAUAUACAGUUUCGACGCCAAUCAGAGAUAUACCCUCGCGUUAUCAUCGAAGCGGCGUUCACUCAAACCAAGAAAAGUCUCGAAAAUCUCGCUUAUGACUACAUACUUAAGUCCGAUGGUCAGAUCGGGAGGGUGUACGGCAUCUUGCUUAAGCCCCUCGGAAAACCGUCUGCAGUCAUAGAAUGGCGUGCUAGAGUCACACCAUCUGACGAUCCAGACUAUGAUGAAGAUGUGCGAGUUGAGAAGUCAUUUUAUAAGAAGUUCCGAGCAGAAGACGGCUCACUUGUGAACCCAGACGAGCGUUUGUUUAUCGAGUUAGAUGAAUUUGGCAUAGAGGGUGAAGACGUUAAACAGUCUGUUCUAUCGAUACCGUUUCGCAGCCUCUAUAAUGCGCUCGUGCGAGCCGAAGGCAUGAGGUUCCGUAGAGAGAUGUACGCCGAAACACGACCUCCGGCCAAACGCAGGCGGAUUGAGCGCACACCGAGUCCCGUUGAGGAAUUGAGUUCCGCAGAAGAGGAUGCGGACGAGGUGAAAGACUUGGACUUUGUGCCAUCGAGUGAUGAAAGCAGUGAAUAG